CUCCACUUUGCUUUAUGUGCUCAAAGACAUCAACAGUACAGGAAGACCAAUUCUACUGCCAACACAGCAGAAACAGGAAACUCACAAACAAAACCUCAAAAAACUGGAUGAUAGAAAGAAAUGUUUGAAACUGACAGAUCUCUUUGAUAAAGUUGCAGGAAGGAAGAAACUAAAUAUAUGAGCAGCUCAACACAGAGAAACCCAACUCUGGUUAUGAAAAAAUGGACAACAGCAAAAGUGAAUCUGCUGAGACAUCUACUAACACAAAGACAUCCCUGGAGCUCUUAUUGGAAGACCUAUGCUUGGGCCAAGACUACAGAGAGAAGCUGUCACUCAGCAAAAUGCUUGAGAUUGAUGAGAAAGCAGUUUCUGAUGAACCUGCCAAGUGUGAACCAGACCUUCCAUGGUUUUCUCUAAAGAAACUAAUGAUGGUUAAUUUGACAGCUAGAAAUGUGAAAUGUACAUCAAUGUGUAAGCAAAAUUUUAAUGAUAAAUCUGGGAGUACAGAAUUAGAUAUUGACAAUCUGCUUGAUGACCUAAACACAGAUGACAUGCUAAACCCUCUCGACAUAAUCACUGCUCUCUUUCUGUGUUCUGAUGGUUUUCUACAGCAGGAAAUGGCACUAAAAAUGUCCAUGUGUCAGUUCUCUGUUCCUCUGCUGCUUCCAAACUGUGACACCAAUCAGUGCACACUCAUGCUGUGGGCCAUGAGAGACAUUGUUAAAAAGUACAGACCUCAGUCUCUGUCAGAGUCCAAGGGCUUCAUUGAAGACAGAAUUGUUCUCUCUGAACUUCCAAUGAUCUCUUUUGUCAGACUGGGUGAGUGCUCCUUGUCCAAGUCAGAGAUUCUCAAUAAACUUCUGAGCAAUUCUCAACAGUACCAUGACACCUUUGUUCACCACAACAUGGAGUGUGGUGACACUCCAAGAAGAAUAUCAAAUGGACUGAUUGAAAUUGCUUGGUAUCUUCCAUGUGGAAACAAAAACAUUGAUAUUCUCAGUGAGCCAGUGGCUGUAGCUAACCUUCGUGGGGACAUUGCUUCAUUUGUAACACAGUAUUCUUUUUUGUGUCAGACAUCUGCAGCAGUUUUUCUGAUCUUUGACCAUUUGGACUGUGAAAGCAGUUUACUUAACAGUCACAGGGGACAGAUCUUCCUGGUUGGCAACUAUGAAAGUAAGCGCUUCAACUCAGAAGCAUUACAAAAAAUAGCAAAAGAGUUGGGCUUGACUAACAACAACAUCAUUAUCAAGACAAAAAAAAAAAUGACGCAGACUUUAUCCAGCUAUUGAGGGAAAAGGUCAGAGAUGUAGUUGAGAACUCAGAGAUGAAGAUGUCAAUAGAGCAGAUGGCAGAAAUUGCCCGUGAUCUGGGAAUCCUGGUUGAUGAAGACUUUCAAGAGUGCCAAAAUGCAAAGAAAAAUGCAGAAGCCAUCACUGGAGAAAUACAAGACAUCCUGAAAUACAAAGAAGAUCAGCUUCCACGACAAGGUGAAAUAUGGAAAGAACUGACCUGCUUAGAGACAGAGGAAUAUCGACUUCGAAAGAUUGGGUCUAAGAAUGUAGAAGACUACAAAAGUCAUCUUCGGAUACAGAAGCACGAACUCCGGAAAAAGCAGAACUCUUAUGACAUGUCCACAGCUAUGAUAUACAUCAUCAAUGCAAUAUCAUGCCCGAGGACAGAGAGGUCUUAUUUUCUGAAAUGGAUGCGGAUGAACCUUGACAAGGUGUCCUGUAUAAAGCUCUCUAAACUUAAGGAGAAAUAUAAAGAAAAAUGCAAGAACUCUGAGAACAAAGAGGAGAUCAAGGAAAUUGACCAACAAAUUUCCAGCAGCUCACUGGGGACUGAACACUUCUUCCGUGAAAUGGGUCAGAUCUAUGAAGCCUCACUGUCCCUUCCACAAACAGAUCCAGCACGUCAACAGCUGCAGCAUCUGCCCAAACUCUGUGCAGAGUUGUUGCUUGAUGGAUUUCCUCUUGAGCUUGUAGAUGGAGAUGCAUCGCAUAUCCCUCUCAGAUGGGUGAGUGAUGUUCUCUCUGAGCUCAGUGACUUGGUGUCUCCAAACGGAAAGAUACGUGUAGUCACAGUUCUUGGAGUUCAGGGCACAGGAAAGUCAACUCUCCUUAACACCAUGUUUGGAGUGCAGUUUGCAGUCAGCAGUGGUCGAUGUACUCGAGGUGCCUUUAUGUUGCUCAUCAAAAUCAACGAAGACAUGAAAAAAGUCCUAAACUGUGACUUCAUGCUGAUCAUUGACACUGAGGGCUUAAAGUCACCAGAACUUGCACAACUGGACAACAGCCAUGAGCACGACAAUGAGCUUGCAACACUUGUUGUAGGGCUGAGUGAUGUCACCAUUGUUAAUAUUGCAAUGGAGAAUUCAACUGAAAUGAAGGACAUCCUACAAAUAGUUGUGCAUGCUUUUCUCAGGAUGAAGGAGGUGGGCAAAAAGUCUAAAUGUGUGUUUGUUCACCAGAAUGUGUCCGAUGUUUCAGCCCAUGAGAUGAACUCACGAGACAGGAAACUGCUCCUGGAACAGUUAAAUGAGAUGACCCAGGCAGCAGCCAGAAUGGAAAAGAAAGAGGAGAACAAGAACUUCACUGAUGUGAUGGAGUACAGUCCAGACACUGGGAACUGGUACAUUCCUGGACUCUGGAAUGGAAACCCACCAAUGGCACCAGUCAGUGUAGGGUACAGUGAGGCUGUAUAUGAGCUCAAGAAACACAUCAUCCAACUGCUGGGAAACUAUGAGUGUUCAGCUAAGGAUAUCUUGGAUUUCAAAGAGUGGAUGACAAGCAUGUGGACUGCAGUAAAGCAUGAAAACUUCAUCUUCAGCUUCAGAAACAGCCUCGUAGCUGAUGCAUACAUGAGACUCUGCACAGAAUUCAACAAAUGGGAGUGGGAAUUCAAAAAAGAAAUGUACACCUGGGUAACAAAUGCAGAAAGAAGAAUUUCCAAUUUUGGUAAAGUCGCUGUUGAAACUGACAUAAGAGAAUUUCUGACUUGUUUGAAAAGUGAAGCCUCCACAGUGCUGUCCAAAUGGGAGGCAAAGCUUCAAAAAAAUCUGACAGAGUAUUUCAAGCAAACAGAGAGUCGUGUAGAUUUGGUUGAAAAAUACAGAGAGGAAUUCUCAAACAGUGCAAAGAGCCUACGAAAAGAAAUUGAGAGGUCUGUUAAUAGUCAGCUCACAGCAGCAGCAGAAAUCAGACAAGGGAUGGUGGAACUUGAUAAAAUCAAAGAGAAUUACACAAAAGAGAUUGAAAAAGCAGUUUGUGCACUAAUUGAUGAAUGUCGGGAAAAGAAUGUCCAAAUGGAUGAAACGGAUCUGGACAAAGAGUUUGACAAAAUGUGGAAUGAAACGGUGAAGAAAUUAUCUGUUUCCAAACAAAAUGCCACAAAUGUCUUCACCAGCGUGACUAACUUCCUGAGAAUAAAUCUGUCACAUAGGGGGAGUCAUGCAUGUGAGUUGUUAAACCAAAAGAGUCUGCACAACUGUGGAGAAGAGCCCUUCAAAUAUACAGCUGAAGGACGCUUCAAUCGAUUUAAACACAAACUGAACAAGAUUUUCAGUUUUCAGGAUCACAUAAUGGCCGUUCAGAAACUGUCUGAAGGCAUCAUAUUUCUUUGCACUCAGUUUGUGAGUGAAAAAGUGAAAAGAAAAAUGAAUUACUCUGACACUUACAUCGAGGAGAUCCUACACAUCAUUGAUGAGAUGCUGCAGAACAAUCAAGAUAUUAACACAGACAUUGAGUUUGAAGUUUCUCUAAAACAGCACAUCUGUGGAUUUGCAGCCAGAGAGUUUCAGAAAAUGCACGAAGAUUUUAUACAAACAAAUGAUCCCUACAGAUGUUUGGAAAAAAACAAGGAAAAGUUUUGUGAUGAUUUCAAAGAUGUGUUCCAUAAACGAGACCAGAGUCAGAAGAAGGCAGAAGAAUUCACCAACAAAUGCUUAAAACCUGCUAUUGAAGACUUUAUCAAUCGUUUCCUGAGACAGGAUAUCAUUGAUGAAAUGCUGAGAUGUGAGGAGUUUAAAACACGAAUGUCCUUCCAGUAUUCAGUUUUACUGGAUUUGCUUUCGCAGGAUGAGUUUCAAAACUAUGUUGACUAUAUAUGGUCAUUUGAUACCUAUGUAUAUAAAAUGAUAUGCAAUCAAAUAGUGAAGCACUUCUCAUCUGUAUCAACAUUUAAGUAUGAGAAUAAGCAUCUCCAGUCAUGUAUCACAAGCAUUCAUGAAGCGAUCAAGAAGGCCAAAACUGGAAAGACUAAUGGUUUGAAGGCAUUUAUUGAAGAUAUUUGUAAAGCGCUUGGUAACAAACUGGUCAUUUCCCAGGAUGCUCUUGGUGCUUUCAUGAUCUUGAACAACGCUGAUCUUGGACAGUUUGAUGAAUAUCUGACAAUGUCUGUGCAAGACAUGACAAAAAAUCUUACAGAGACUUUGAAAAAAACAUGCAUUGAAGCUAAACUGCAACACCUCCACGUGCUGCCCCAGCUUGAGCUUUCAAGUAAAAUAAUUGGUUGUGGCAAACAGUGUCCAUUCUGCAAAGCUCCUUGUGUUGCAGGAGGGAAAUACCAUACUGAGCAUUUUGCUUCACUGCAUCAGCCUCAGGGUCUGAGUAAAUACACCUGGAACACAACAACAAAACUUGCCACUGACAUAUGUUCUUCUCUUGUGACCACUAAAAAUUAUUUUAAUUGCAAUGCUACAAAAGGUAAAUGUCAGCCUUAUAAGAAUUACAAGAAAUUUUUCCCAAACUGGAAAAUCACUCCAGAUGUGAGCCCUGAGGCAUCAGACUACUGGAAAUAUGUAAUGGCAAAGUACAACAAUGAAUUUGCCAAAGAAUAUGAAGUAGAACCUGCUGAUAUUCCCACAGGUUGGCUUGAGAUAACAAAGCAGCAGGCAAAAGAAAGCCUUAAACAUUCAUUCAACAUAAAGUGGGGCUAAUAAUGCACCAAUCCUGUCUCACUUCCCUACUUAAUUUGUACACAGGGACACACCUUUCUUAAUUUUGUGUUAUUUUAUCAUAAAAAGGUCCAAAAUUGCACGUUAGACAAGGUAAAAAAACAAAAAUGCGCCUAGAUAUUUUACCAACACAAUUUCCAGUAACACAACCACAGCAGUUUUAUAUGCAAAAACUGUACUUUGAGUCUAUAUUCAUGUUGAUGAUCUUUUAUCUAUAUUUAUGUAAAUGAGAUGCAACUAUUGGAUGAAAAAUGCAAUGCUGAAAAGAGUUUCUAAAGUGUAUUUUAAGAAUUUUGCGUGAUUUUGUUUGUCUUAAGUAGUUUUCUGAAUUGUCAAAACACAUUUCUUGAAACCUCCAUCCACAGCAAGUAAAAUAUUAUUCACCACAAAACAUCUGUUAGACACUACACACUGGUGAUUCCACAGUUGACUUUGUCUUCAAAAUAAUGGCAUCUGACUCUAAAAUCCAACAGAGAGUGAUUGAAGGACCAUGUCAAUAGUUAGUGCUUCUUGUGUAGUGCUUCAUUUGGUUAUCUUUCAAUUCUAGGAAAGGGAAAAUGCACUUAAAAACAUAUAUACCCAGUAAAAAUAGAAUUGCAAUGAACAUUACAGUACUUAUGGUAUGACAUACUGUAUACCAAAUAAACAAAGAAAAAAAACAAAGAAACAGUUACCCGUUUUCUUCUCUAAAUGUCCUGAUCAUGCUGGCCACAGAGAAUCUGCUCAAACUGGGUUGGAAACUUUGCACUGCUUACCUCAUGUCAUCCCAUGAACGAGGACAUAGUGUACAAUAGUUGCAUAAGUUUCAUCAGUAAUGAUUGUUGUUGUUGUCCUCCCCUUCGCCCCAUCCACCGCCUUUCAAACUCUUCCUCCUCUGCCUUCAUCCAUUGUAGAUGUGCAUGUACAACCUUUGCACUCUUAACAGACUUUUAUCCUGCCCGAUUGGUCAGAUGGCAUCAUUAGAAACAUGUGUGUUCAUUUGUGAGUUGUGUGUAAAAGAUGACAGCUGUGUUGGGGUUGUGUUUUUGCUGUGUUUAGUGACUGAGAAUGUGUUUAUCAAAAAAUACUGGAUGAUUGGAAGAAUGGGUUUAGCCCACUGAGAAUUUGGUUUAGAGAAUGGAGCUUAGUGUUCUAGGAUUUCAGAAAAACUCUAAAUCAAACAGGAUUUGGGGGGUAUUUUCUUUUCUGUUAACAUUAACCACAAAAUAUUUACAAUUACAUUUUGUGUAAAAUUCCUGUCAUUCCAUUGUAUUGUCAUAAUUGAUAUGAACUUUUUAAAAUUUGUUCUUUACUCUUAAAUCUAUUUUCUUUUUAAAGUAUCUGAUGUCAAAUAAUCAAAUGUAUUCAUUUUUAUAUUACCAUAACUGCAUGUGAAACCAAGUUUUAAAAAAUAAUUAGUUGUGUGACAGUUUUGUUUUAUUCCAGUAUUUAAUGGAGGAUAUUUACUUGUAUCUAAGGUUCAUUUGUUAUUUGCUGUUUGUGUGGUUGUCGUAGAUUUA